CGCAGCCCGGGUGACGAAGAUGGUGCUCAUCAAGGAAUACCGUGUAGUGUUGCCGGUCUCUGUGGAAGAGUAUCAAGUCGGGCAGCUGUACUCUGUGGCCGAGGCCAGCAAGAAUGAGACCGGAGGAGGAGAAGGCAUUGAGGUGCUGAAGAACGAACCCUAUGAGAAGGAUGGCGAGAAGGGACAAUACACACAUAAAAUAUACCAUCUAAAGAGUAAAGUCCCAGGGUACGUGAAGAUGAUUGCACCAGAGGGAGCAUUAGUUUUUCAUGAAAAGGCUUGGAAUGCCUACCCAUACUGUCGCACCAUUGUGACGAAUGAGUACAUGAAGGACGACUUUAUGAUAAAGAUCGAGACGUGGCACAAACCUGACAUGGGAACAGUAGAAAAUGUCCACGACCUGGACGAGCAGACGUGGAGGACCGUGGAGGUGGUUCCCAUAGAUAUUGCAAACAAAGAGGAAGUGGCCACGGGGGACUAUAAACCAGAGGAAGAUCCUGCUCUUUUCCACUCUGCCAAGACGGGCAGAGGACCUCUAGGCCCUGAAUGGAAGAAUGAGCUGAAGACAGACUGUCCUUACAUGUGUGCAUACAAACUCGUGACUGUCAAGUUCAGAUGGUGGGGUCUGCAGACCAAAGUGGAGAAUUUCAUCCACAGGCAAGAAAAGCGUAUUUUCACCAACUUCCACCGCCAGCUGUUCUGCUGGAUUGACAAAUGGGUGGGUUUGACCAUGGAGGACAUCAGGCGGAUGGAAGAGGAGACUCAGAAGGAGCUUGAGGAGAUGCGUCAGAAGGGAGAUGUGCGAGGAACCUCUGCAACAGACGAGUAGAGGCCCGUCACUGUAGGUCAAACACUAGAGGCAGGCUGACUGCGUAAAACAGGUCCGAUUCGAGGCACCAGUGCUGCUCAUGAGCAGUGAGGCAAAUCAACCAAACCCUGUCAUGAUGACGUCAUCCGAGACACGUCCACCACGAUGAGGAAGUGGCCCUGACGUCGCCUCUUCUCUUCCUGUCUCACAUGAUUCAUUGGGGGGUUUGACAAGAUUGGUUAACAGUACUGUACAGAUCCUACCCCGAUCACAAGCCUCCUGUUCACCCAGAAAACAAAAAAAAACAUGGUUUUGCAUACAUAUAAAAAGAAAAAAAAAACUCUUUGCACAGAACGUAAAUUGCCUGAUAUGUAAUUGUUAGUUGAUUAUUACAAUGGGCUUUGUUUUUAUUCAGGUGUGUAAACCGUGACUCAGAAAGUCAAGCCUUUUAAAUUAAUUAGAAUGUUGUUUUUAGGUAAACAGAUUCCCACGAAAAUUGGUAUGAGAUGACUUUAGCAGGUAUUGGACCAUUUACCUCCCUACCCUCCCUUGUAUUAUAACUGUCUGUCUCUACUUUAGUCCCCGUCCCCCGUCCCCCCAGUAUUGUCUAUAUUCUUGUCCUGGUAAACUUUGUCUAGAUCUCCUCUCCCCUGUGUUCCACUGUCCCCCUCUGUCUGGCAGUUGUUGGGAAUACUGGUGUCCCCGUUUUUUCUUUCUUUUUGUAGUUUUCAUUUUUCAGGCUCAUCCAUGCCUGUUUAUGGUUCAGAUCCAAUGUAAUGCUCAUGCAUGAGAGAUAAUUCUUUGCUAUUGUUUUCCCCUCACAUGCACACGCGUCCCACAUUUCGACACCCCCUCCCCGUCCCCUCCGUCACAAGUGCAUGUGGACAACAGCAACUCCUCAGUAAACUGUCAUUGCAUGUGUAUAGUCGCUGCAGUGCAGCUUCGCUCAAGUGGAUUGUUUGUGUUGAUUAGAGAGAGGGUUAGCGCCCUCUAGGAGAGUCUGUACAAUACACCUGUGUGUUAGUGUGUGCAUUUGUGUGCUUGUUUGUGUUAUCAACUGCCUUAGGACUGUCACUCUUGGGACUGAGAUGGAGAAGGUUCAGCUUAAUAUCAAGGCUUCUGAGUGACUCGCUGCACACAGCCGUGCUCUCACUCCACAACCAGCCUGCUGAACUUUGCCUCAUGCUGUCGCUGCAUGUCCUUUCUCCUUGGCUAGGGCUUUAACUGGAGGGCUAACCCUCCACAGAAGCUUUUCUUUUUUCUUUUUUAAACUGAAACAAAUGAGGAUGAGAGUCUGUGCGUUGCCGCGUGCAUGAAUCGAGGUGGGGUGGGUUUUUUUUUUUAUAUCUUUCCCAAACUACCGUUUCCUCUCUCGACUGACAGAGCUAAUGGGUCCAGGCAGAUCUGCGAAGUUUGUUGCAGCUGUGGAUUUACAAGCAUUCUGGGUGUAUAGUUUUUAUUUUUUAUUUCAUCAUCAUGUAUACUGAUUUUUAAGCUUUUCAUCUACCUUAACUUACAAGUAAGUAUGAAGUCAGUCCGAACUUUUCUUGACUGGUUAAAGAUGAAACUGCUUUAGCAAAGGUUAAGUAAAUAAAUCUGACUCUUACGGUUUAGAUCAGUGUUGGGUGAUCUAGUACGAGCCUUGAUCUAAAAACAGGUGGUGUCUUUAUCCUCCUCUUUCAUGCAUCACUACUUUUUUUUUUUUUUUUUUGUGGCUGCAUCGACUUGAGGCUGUAGCCGUUUUAUCACAGCGUGAACUGAGUUUAACCGUCUUUAUUUUUGAUCUUGUGCGGAUCCUGUUUGGGCUCUAGGUAAAAUACUUUGUGACGUUUUCUAUGAUCAUGAGCGUAGCUUUAGUGCAGUUUGACAGCUGUGAUGAAGACUUUGUUUCUUGGAUCAGGUAUGAGUGUCUCCAAAACUCCUAGGUUUUGUUGUAACCUAUCUGUGUGUGGUCUAUGUUGGACAGAUUAAAAGAGAGUUAUAAGUGUACUUCUAAAUAGAAAUGGACAAACUGUACAUACAAACACUGACUUGAAUGGGAUAUUCACAGCUACUAGGCGUUGUCAGGUCUAUCAUUCAAUACUGUACUGCUAAAAGAAACUUUAAGGAAGUUAUUGUUAUCGGAGCAGGUAGUGUCAGCUCUGUGGACAGUGUGCUGUGUGUGUGUGCGUGAAGUGGAGCAAACUGUCCACACGUUGUUGCUCAUACCAUGGUUUAACUGUACCUCAUCCAUGCUUACGAAUGUACAGCUAGGACAUAGAUGUGUGGAACGAUGCGGGACGUUUCUGAGCUGCAGGAACACUGACGUGCUUCACACCUGCACAGGCAUGACGUGGGCCCAUUAUAUCAUCAACACAUGACGGACAAGUGGAUUUACUAAAACUAGAUUCGAUCUGCAUGCUCAACACUUUUUGUAUAAUUUCACCUUUUCCCUUUUUUUUUCUCUCUCUCACUCGACUAUUCUCCGUUUAUGUUUGAUCAGUACAUCAGUGCUUUUGAGAAGCUCUUGAACUGCAUCAGAUGAGAAGGGAAAUCCUUUUAAAGGGCGGCUUCUCCUCAGAAUCAAACUGGAUUCAGCUCGACCUCAGACUUACCGACGAGGAGUGAAAAGCCUGACCGAGUUUGAUGAUGACGGGAGUCGCCCUGUAGAUUCGUACAGGCUGUGUGAUGUACAGUUUUGUAGCAUUACCAGUGAUGCCAGCCAGGGUAUGACUGUGAGGGGAGGGAUAGAAACCGAGGGAACAGAUGGAGUCCAAAAUACUGUUUUCUUUAUUGUAAUCAUGAAUAAGCACUUGCAAAAUCUACUGUUUUUUUUUUUUCUUUUAUGUUUUCUUUUUUGUUUUUGAAAGACAAAGAUUCACAAUGUACUCAAUUUUCUCUUUUCUGAUAAGGCAAAAUUCAGGGGAAUUAGUAGUGAAUGUAAAACAAUUAGUUCCUUUUUUUUUUUCUUUUUCACAGCUUUCAGGCUGUGACAGAAGGUCUAGACAAUGGAACAUAACAGAAUAUCUAAUAAAUUUGAACAAAUAAGA